UAUGGGGCACAGAAGCGCUAGGAAUAUCUUGGUGCUGGGACCUUACCACCUCUCCGCCGUCAACAGACUCCUUUCUCCGCAUACGUCUUUACUGAAAUGUGUGUGUGCGUGAAAGAGAGAGGAAGACAGUGUGUGCGUGCGUGUGAGGGUGCAUGUCUGGAACAAGUAAAGACAGAGGAAUUAUUCCGCGCUAUCGAAAUAUUUCAACACGUCGCUUCUGCGUGAGGACCGAAGCCAGCGAGCCUUGAGUGAAUUUUAACAGGAAUGCCGAUUUAGUAAACAGCAGCAAGAGAAGAACUCGGACAACGAAUGAAAUCAGUGACUCACCCUUCUUGGUUUUAAUCCGAAAAUUGUUUGCAAAACGCCACCCAAAAAAAAAAAAAAAAAGUGUUCGACGCGCGUCAAUCUCUUUUGAAAAUUUGUAUCUCAACACUCCAGAAGAUUAAUGGAGCACAUUUUUUCAUUUCUUUUCGCAGACACUUGGUUAGAACUCGCACGUGAGCGACAGUAAGAGAAUUCUUCCCAACUGGUCGAUACCCGUUGUUGACCGUGGAUUUUUCCAAUAAGUUGUGAAAGACUUUGCGCAUAUAGUAGACUACAUCGUCCAACUAUACCCUAUUUAUUUUAAUAACAUUUUGUACCUGGCUUUGGAUGAGCUUCCUGAUGCGAGAUCCAGUCAUACAAGGAACGAGUAUGGCAUACCAUCCGUUUUUACCUCACCGGGGUCCGGAAUUUGCCAUGAGUGCAAUGCUGGGCCACCAGCCUCCUUUUUUCCCGGCCCUGGCUAUGCCUCCCAACGGCUCCCUGUCUCUCCCGGGCGCCCUGGGGAAGCCGAUCAUGGACCAGCUGAUGGGCGCCGCUGAAACCGGUCUUCACUUCUCCUCGCUGGGUCACCACGCAGCCGCCGCGCAUCUCAGGCCUCUGAAGAGCCUGGAGCCGGAGGAGGAGGUGGAAGACGACCCCAAAGUUCACCUGGAAGCCAAGGAGCUCUGGGAACUCUUCCACAAGCGAGGCACGGAGAUGGUCAUCACUAAAUCUGGAAGGCGAAUGUUCCCACCGUUCAAAGUGAGAUGCACGGGCUUGGACAAGAAGGCAAAGUACAUUCUUUUGAUGGAUAUUGUUGCAGCCGACGACUGCAGGUAUAAAUUUCACAACUCGCGCUGGAUGGUGGCUGGGAAGGCGGACCCCGAGAUGCCAAAGAGGAUGUACAUUCACCCAGACAGCCCGGCUACCGGCGAACAGUGGAUGUCAAAAGUCGUCAAUUUUCACAAACUCAAACUGACGAAUAACAUCUCCGACAAGCACGGAUUUGUAAGUUCAUCUAAUACUAUCCUGAACUCCAUGCAUAAAUACCAGCCCAGGUUUCACAUCGUGCGAGCCAACGACAUUCUUAAACUCCCGUACAGUACGUUCAGGACUUACGUUUUCCCUGAAACCGAUUUCAUUGCCGUGACUGCAUAUCAAAAUGACAAGAUAACUCAAUUGAAAAUUGACCACAAUCCGUUCGCAAAAGGAUUCCGUGACACGGGCAAUGGAAGACGAGAGAAGAGGAAACAGCUGGCGCUGCAGUCCAUCCGCUCCUACGAGGAGCAACAGAAGAAGGAGCACGGGACUUCCGACGACUCCUCGGGGGAGCAGACUCCGUUCAAGUGCUUCGGCCAGGCCGCGUCUCCCGCGGUGUCUACCGUGGGGCCUCCAAACCUCAAAGACUUCUGUGAGAGUGAUGAGGACAGCGACGACGAGAGCAAGGAUGGAAACCUGAAGGACCGACCGGACUCCAGUAAGAUCUCCACCACCACGGACGAGGGGAAGGAGCUGGAGGCGAGCCCAGCCAAGGACCACGCGCUGGGGAGCAGAGAGCCCAGCGCCCGGGGGAGAGACGGAAGCUCCAGAACAGAGAGGAGCCAGGCAGACUCUCGGCACAGCCCCGUCACCACCAUCUCCAGCACCACCCGCUCUGGGGACGACCUGAAGAGCCCCACCCAGGACCCCCCCAAACCAGAUGAGUGUCGUCCCCUCAUCAAGGACAGCUACAUGCCCCUGACCGUACAGACUGACAGCAGCGCACACCUGAACCACGUGCACAACUUUGGAUUUCCCCCGGGUUUGGCGGGACAGCAGUUUUUCAACCACUUGGGGGGCGCGCACCCCUUCCUCCUGCACCCCGGCCAGUUCAACAUGGGCGGAGCCUUCUCAAACAUGGCGGCAGGGAUGGGGCCCCUGCUGGCUGCGGUGUCGUCCGCCGGCGUGGGAGCCCUGGACAGCAGCAUGGCUCCGCCCUCCCAGAGCCUGGCAGGGACCGGCCUGCCCUUCCACCUGCAGCAGCACGUGUUGGCAUCCCAGGGCCUUGCCAUGUCUCCGUUCGGGAGUCUGUUCCCGUAUCCUUACACCUACAUGGCGGCGGCCGCUGCCGCGUCCUCCGCAGCCUCCUCCUCGGUCCACCGACACCCGUUCCUGAACGCGGUGCGGCCGCGCCUCAGGUACAGCCCGUACUCCAUCCCCAUGAGCGUCCCGGACAGCACCUUGCUAACCACCGCCAUCCCGUCCAUGGCCGGCGGAGGCGCAGAGUUGAAGGGGGACGGCAUGGCCACCAGUCCCGUCUCGGCCACCCUGGACUCAACCUCGGAAGUGACCAGUCGCUCGUCCACCAUCUCCUCAAUUUCCCCAAAAACUUGCUCUGAGAAAGACGCCAGUAACGAGCUGCAGAGCAUCCAGCGUCUGGUCAGCGGACUCGAUUCCAAACAGGACAGCGCGCGGAGCGUGUCCCCGUAGACUUUCACCACUUUCAUUUUUUGCCGUUUGUUGUUGUGAUGAUAUUGAUCACGGGGGCGAUAAGGACUCGGUAUGACGACACCGUUCUAGAGUAUGCGGGUUUAGAAAAACGGACAUAUUUGAACAGUUUCGAUUUUUGAAAAUGCACUUUGGUUAAAUACACAUCUGAUAUGUAUGUUUCUCUUUUUUUGUUAAUUUAAACUAAACACUUUUGAAUUAUCCUGUUCUUUGAAUACCGUACAAGUAUUGAAACUGAAAGUUUGGCAUGGAUGAGCUUUCACAGAUCUAAGAAACAUUGCUGCUGUGUCUAAAUGUAUUACAAAUGUCGAGUUGCUGAGGUAACGAAAUUGGUUUGAGUUCACGUGCACUCCGAAUUUGUAAAGCUAUUUGAACACACUUCCCAUGAUGUUAGAAACACUGCUGCGUUUUGAUGUAGGCCUAUUAAUGACAUAACUAGACCAUUUGAGGCGCAUAGGCUAUUAUCCUGCUCAUAAGCUGGUGACUGCAUGACAGCCUGCAGCCUACAGACCGGUGUCUCGUGCAGGACUAGGUUUUACAGUUCACGCUCACCCCCUUGUUGAAGCCAGUCUAACGUCAAAUUCAAAUUGUGAAAACAAUUAAUAAGAUUAGGCUACUUACGUCUAAACUCAAAUGUUCCCCAAAAAAUAAUUAAAAAAACAGAUUCCAGUUAACUCGUUUCUUGUAUUAAAAAAUUAAGAAUGAAUCCACACAUUUUGGAUCCAAAUGCUGGCACUUGUUUAAAGUCGACCAGACACAGCCGACGUUGUACGCUUCUAUGAUGGCAACUGCCCAACUCGCAUGCCGAAAUCAGCGCGUUCAAAAGGGCAAAGGGAAUCUGAAAUAAAACUGAAAGGUAAUAUUGAUUAUAAAUGUAAAUAGUGAUAUAUAAAAUAUUUAUGUAAUUAUUUCAUAUUGAUAUUGCGUGUAAAUAAAACGGAGUAGUUUGUUUUUAGGGAUUUGUCCUUAAUUUAUUGUCGAUAUACCUGUGUAAAGAUAGUUUGUGGGUUAAUAUCCUUGUUUUGUCAUCUGCAUUUUAUAUCCCCUUGAAUAUGGAUUCCCCGUAACUCCUCCCCCCCCCCCCCCCCCUCAUGCUCAGAGAAGCUCUUUUAGCAAACACUCACGUGCCAUUGUAUUUUACCUGUUGUCUUCGUGUGUUCACGUGCUCCUGUUCAAAUGAAUGAAAGCAACAGCACACUGCACCAAUGGCUUGAAAAUGUUGAUGAAUCAUUUUUCUUUGAGAAUAAAAUUAAAAAAACUUUCGUCUAAGUGUGACAAAAUUGACGAAUUUUCUGUAAAAAAAAAAAAUACAUUGCAGCCUGAUAGUAGAAGUGCGCAUCUUAUAAAAAUAUGAAGGUUUCUUUUGUGUUUCUAAAGUUGUCAUUGGGUUAUGUUGUAUUUGAUUUUGUCUAGUUUACAACAUCAACGACGUGUUCUUGAAAGUUUCAAUAAAAUAUUGAAAUGCAGUCUUUAUACGUU